ACUCUCCACGGCCGCCGCCAUUAGUGCUCCGUAGAGGGAGGGAGAGAAGCUACCCGCUCUUCCUGAUCGAGCUGCGUACACGCGCGAUCGAUUUCUCUCUCCUGGGUCGCUAGGGUUCGGCGUGUAUCUUCCAUGGAUCACGGCUUCGGGAAUCUCGGGGCCGGAGGGAGCAGCAGCGGGGGCUCCAACUCCGCCAAAGCGGCGGCGUCCUCCUCCUCCUUCCUGCAGCUGCCGCUGUCCACGGCGGCGGCCGCGGGGGCGGCCCCGGCCGGCGUCGCGUACUACGGCGCGCCGCUCGCGCUCCUGCACCAGGCGGCCGGGCCCUCGUCGUCGCAGUCGCCGUACGGCAGGCACGCGGCCGAGAUCUCGUCGGCGGAGGCCGAGGCCAUCAAGGCCAAGAUCGUGGCGCACCCGCAGUACUCGGCGCUCCUCGCCGCCUACCUCGACUGCCAAAAAGUGGGCGCGCCGCCGGACGUGCUGGAGAGGCUGACGGCCAUGGCGGCGAAGUUGGACGCGCGGCCGCCGGGCCGGCACGAGCCGCGCGACCCGGAGCUCGACCAGUUCAUGGAGGCCUACUGCAACAUGCUGGUGAAGUACCGGGAGGAGCUGACCCGGCCGAUCGACGAGGCCAUGGAGUUCCUCAAGCGGGUGGAGGCGCAGCUGGAAUCCAUCGCCGGCGCCGCCGUCGGCGGCUCCUCCGCCGCGCGCCUCUCGCUCGCCGAUGGUAAAUCAGAAGGGGUUGGUUCUUCUGAAGAUGACAUGGAUCCAAGUGGCCUUGAGAAUGAGCCACCUGAGAUUGAUCCACGAGCGGAGGAUAAGGAGCUCAAGUACCAGCUCCUGAAGAAAUACAGUGGCUACUUGAGCAGCCUCAGGCAAGAGUUCUCCAAGAAAAAGAAGAAAGGGAAGCUCCCAAAGGAGGCCAGGCAGAAGCUGUUACACUGGUGGGAGCUGCACUACAAGUGGCCUUACCCUUCAGAGACGGAGAAGAUUGCACUCGCAGAGUCGACUGGCCUAGACCAGAAGCAGAUCAACAACUGGUUCAUCAACCAGAGGAAACGGCACUGGAAGCCCUCGGAGGACAUGCCGUUCGUGAUGAUGGAAGGCUUUCACCCACAGAACGCCGCUGCGCUCUACAUGGAUGGCCCAUUCAUGGCUGAUGGCAUGUACCGCCUCGGUUCGUGAAUUGCAGCAGACCAUUUGAUCAGAUCGUCGGAAUAUUUCUGUAUACCAGGAUGCGUUGCAAUGCGAGGACAUUGUUAUGGAAUUUUUUGUUACCGUUUCCGCUGAUUCCCAAGGGCUCGCACUAGUGUUUAUGGCUUGUAGUUCUCCUGUAAUAUUGUUAAUUUCCGCUUGACGGCUUGUAAUUUAGGUGUAUUUUGAACUUGAAUGUCCAUGCAAGUACCCUGGUAGUUAAUUAGGCAGUCGCGUAUUUGUAUGAUUGUACGAUUCAGAUUGGUGAAACAUGUUCAGGUUGGCCUGUCUGAAUCAG